GCUAGCUUGAAAGAGAACAUAAGAUGGUUGGACAAGUAAAAUACUAUGGCACAACUGUUCAUGGUAGCAGGGGCGGACUGACAACUCAUGGGGCCCCCGGGCAAUAGGGAAUCAUGGGGCCCCUGUGUCCUUGUCCAAACUCAAAAAGCCUAUGAAAAAGGUACCAGGGGCAUCUCAUGGGGCCCCCUACUGACCCCGGGCCCUCGGGCGGCGCCCGAGUUUCCGAAU